AAAUGUUGUUUGCUUUAACGAUCUUGAUUCACUUUGGUGGAAAUCUGAUCAAUUGCAAUGAAGAUAUUCCCAUUUGUGACGAGCAAUUAAAACAACUGAAAGAAGACGUGAAAGACUGGGAAAAGAGAUGUGUGAAUGAAAGUCUGGAAAACUUGGAUGAAAUGGAACGAUAUUUUACUGAAAGUCAACGAUCUGACAAUGAAACUCAACGAUAUUUCAAUGAACGUCGACGUGAGAAUAAUUCCUCUGGUUGCACAGCAGAAAAAGAAUAUCUCCAGGAGAGAAUGCGUAUGCACUCAGAGAUGUGCUUCUAUGACGGACCUUAUCCUGAGCAAUAUAUGUUUUUGGCGAAGGACACUGCAAUCUUGGCUGUCGAUUUAACGACGCUGGAUGCGACAGUCGUCGUAGGUGGAAAAAGAAAUAUAUGGACGCUGGACAUUGACAUGAAAAAUAAGAAAAUAUAUUUUGCGGAAUUGGAUAAAGAGAUUCGUCGGGCAAAUUAUGAUGGAACUUCUGAAGAAAUCGUUGUGAAGGAUGCUAAGACACGGAGAUUAACAAUUGAUUGGAUAGGACGUCGUAUAUUCUGGAGUGAUUGGAGGAAGAAUAUCAUUAACGUGGCGACUUUAGAUGGUAAAGACAGCAGAACGCUGAUUAAAACUCUCGAGCCUUUGGAUAUAGCAAUUGACCCCAUCGAAGGAUAUUUGUUUUGGAUUGAGUAUAAUGGAGGAAAGGUAAUGCGAAGACACUUGGCUGCUAAAAAGGAAAAACAAGUAUAUGGUUUCAACAGAAAUGGUGUUUACUAUCUGGCUCUGGAUUACAACAGGAAGCGAGUGUACACGUACGAGAGAAGGGGAACAGAUAACGUCAUAAUUGAAAUGGAUUACGAUGGCCGCAACAGCAAUCAGACAACUAAUUAUGGUUCAGCUGUUGUUGGGGGAAUGAUGUCAGUGGACGUUAUUGGAGAUUUUCUUUACUGGAAAGAAAGAAUUUCACCCAUUGUCAUAAAAAUGAAUGUCACCAGCAGAAAUAUAUCUCGUUAUAUUCCGUUACCAAAAGGCUUCGACGUGAGAAAGCUUCUCGUCGUAGACAAAGAUCGACAGCCUGAAGGUGGAUGCCAAAAUGUUUCAUGUCGUCACGGCUACUGUUUGAAUAUUAAUGGUACUGAUAAAUGUCACUGUGAUAACGGCACAAAAUACGAUGGAGAGUCUUGCACAGAUAUUGAUGAAUGUUUAUCAUCUCCAUGCAUUAAUCAUACUGGUUUCUUGAAGUCAUGCAACAACACUCCAGGAUCUUACGUCUGUAUGUGCGAGAACGGAAUUUAUAUAAACGGAAGAGGAUGUGCAGCCAACUCUGAACUGAAAAUAAGAUUGAAUGGUUCAAGUAACAAUAAUAAUAUGAGUGGAAGAGUGGAAAUCUAUCAUCCAACACUUGGCUGGGGCACAGUGUGUUAUUGGCGCGAAUUCUUAACAGGUAUGAAGAUUACUGACGGUAACGUCACCUGUCGUCAGUUGGGUUUCUCUGGAGCGACCGAGAUCAGACCCUUGGCUCACUAUGGCAAAGGAAGUGGUUAUGUAUUGCUUUCUAAUGUUCAAUGCUCUGGUGAUGAAUCAUUCAUCUGGGAUUGCAGUCAUAAUGGAUGGAAUAAUCCUCCCUGGUACUGCGACCAUGGUCGUGAUGUCGGUGUGGAUUGCUACUGAGAUCACAAUCAUUCAAGGACACUGGGUUAGAUAAUAGACUAGAUUUUCUUUUUCUUGCUGCUUACAUAGUUAAUAAUAUAUGGUCUGUAAUUUGACUAAACGGCCGAGCUUCAAUUGCUUUAAUAAGAUAAAAAGGAGUUGGGACGCGACUGCAGAAAACAACGGCGACGUCUAGGAUAAAAUAUCGGUACUGCGUGACAUGCGACCACUGCACACUAACACAUCCCAAGACACCAAUGACUGGUCUAAACAUAAAUAUCUUACUGAAAAUUUAAUUGAAAUUAAGGCAUUUCAUACUAAAAGUGGUACAUACUGACUAUAUGAUAUAAAUAUACGUAUGAACAAUCCAUCUUUUCAUUGGUUUAAUCACAAAAAAAAUUUAAUCGAUUGUGAGUUUCGUCCGCUGUAAAAGAGAUAUAAAACAACAUUGAAUCCGAAGAUUAAAAUUCUGAUAUAUUUCAGCUUGAUUAUGCUCAUAAUCGGUUUGUUUCAUUUUAUAACAACGAGUUCCCACAAGCAUUUCGAGUUGGAAAGGCGUACGUCGCGGGUUUGAUUUCACUAGGGAUGUAAAUUACCUAGAAAAUUUUGAGUAUAGCAACAUUUUAUCAAAAUAAAUUGGUUAAAUUUUAUCAAAAUUCCUAAAAUUCAAAAAUUUUCUUUAAUUUCGCUAAAAACUCUGAUAUAAAGCCAGGCAAUUUGUAUUCGCGAGUUUGCUAAUGUGGAUCAUGACAGCGCAGUGUAGCGGAUUUCACGUAAAUUACGCGCGCGGCGGAGCAAUGUGUAAUAAUAACGGCAUCCCUCAAUUAACCUACUGGGAAUUAACAUGGUGUGGAAGGUUCGGUUGUAUGUGUAGUUCGUAAUGAGGGACACGUCUUCACCUAACCAUUCAACCUCUUAAGUAUGGUGACGUCAUCCGAGAUUUAUAGCGAGUAUAGCCUGCGUCUAUAGAAGUCAAUCUUGAGCAAAAAUAGGUGAGAGGAAAUUCUUUGUUUCCCAUUAUACCGAUGAUACUUACGAGAGACACCAUUUUACUUUUGUUUCCAAGCUCUCAACAGCAAUCAUCUGGAACAAAUUGCUUAAAUACAAAAGAAAAGGGUAAAUUCGCUGCCGUGAAAAACAUCGUUCUGAAUAUAACCAGACAAAUUGAUCCACGACGCGAGAUUGAGCGCAAAAAACAAUCAAGAAAGCAUUCAAAGAACAUGCUUUUAGCUGUACCAAUGCAUGAUGCAUGGACUAGUCAGGAAAUGUCAAAAGUUGCGAAAUAUUUUCCACGUCCCUGACAGACACGGCUAAAAUAGCAAACCCCUAACGACGCAGCCGCGGAAAAUGCCUACGUAAAGAUUCACGUUGCUAAAGCUUCUUGGACUUGAGUAUGCUAAUUUUCACAAAAUCCGCGCUAAACAAUUUCGAAGACGUUGCUUUUGUAUUCAGCGGAAGCGGUUCCUGUUUGAGCGAUUUGAUUGUAAUUAUUAUAUAUUUGAUGUUUUAUAAUUGCUCCGCAAAAAAAACAAUUUCUUCAAAGCGAACAAAUCCUUCGUAUAAUCAUGUUUAUCAUGACUUUAACGGGUUAUAAAUAGUAAUUUUGACAAGGUAAUCUUACUGAAAGAUUGCUUUAUCAUGCAAAACGCGAAAAAAUACAUGUAAUGGCUUUAGUCGAGUUUCCAGACCAUAUAUUUAUUUCAGGGACAGUGGAGCAGGGUGGGAAAGGGGGAUGUGGAGCUGUUUCUCAAAUAACUUUCCUAUUUCAAUGACUUGGGAAACAUAUUGAAGUGCAGCAGCUUAAUUUGAAUAAUUUCCGCGGUUGUGGCAAGUUGGAAAACCCUCACAUUGGAGUUUGUUCAACGAAUCGUAGGUUUAGACCCUCAAUCCGAUAUUUUCUCCCCGGUCCCUGUGAUCAGUUUAAUGCUUCGUGCUAAAUAUUGUAAUUCUAAAAUAAGAUGCUAUCAUCGUAAUUAAGGUUGAAAGAAAAAAGCCGUUGCACCAUAAACAAGAACUCACUAAAAUCUAAUUCCACGAAAAAAUGUUUUGAAGCACCGUCAGCAGUACGUAAUGAAUGUUUUUGCCCUGUGGAUGAAUUGAAAUGAUAAUCCAGUUUACUUGAAGAGAAUUGUUGUUCAGGACAAACACAUAGCAAUUAGUGAAAAACAUCAUGUUUUGACGAAAGAGAAAGAAAAUACUGUUUAUCUGGACAAAGUCAUAUUUUGGUGAAAAAAGGGAAUAAAUAUUGACUAAUGCGGUGCAACAUGCCAUAAUCUCCCUUGACUUUAUGGUAUGAAAGACAUAUCGUAUAUGGUGCAACUCGCUCUAUAUUUCAUUUAGAUUAGAAUUUGUAGCAUUUGUAGUAUUGUAUACAACAGUAUUUUGUAGUUUUUAGACGCGUCUCAAUGAAAGAUUGUCAGUCAGCAUGUUGGUCAGUCAGUCGGUUCCUACUUAAGUUUUAAAGUUGAAGGAACUUUGUGUUAAUGCUUAUAAGAACUAAUUUGUGUAAAUGAUCAUGGCUGAUAAUUGAAAGACGCGUCAUUAGCGCUUAUUUGAUUCUUGUUCUUGUUAUAUUAUAAUCAAUUAUGUAAUUAGUAUAGCGCUGUCGUAACUGGCAGUUGCUAUUGAAUUUCCACCCAGUAAAAGUUUAAAAAUUCCAACUUUCUUGUGUUGUCUUAAUUCUGCUAAGUUAUCU